AAACCCUAAAACCCUUCCUUCCCUGUUAAAUCUCUGAAAGAGCAGAGAGAGACAGCCUACCAGCAAAGCAAAAAUGGUGAAGAAAAGCAAAAAGAGUAAGAGUAAGAGGGUGUCUUUGAAGCAGAAACAUAAGAUUAUAAGGAAAGUGAAGGAGCACCAUAAGAAGAAGGCCAAAGAGGCAAAAAAGCUUGGACUUAAUAAGAAACCUAAGGUAGAGAAAGAUCCAGGAAUUCCUAAUGACUGGCCUUUUAAGGAGCAGGAACUCAAGGCUCUUGAGGCUCGUCGUGCUCGUGCUCUCGAUGAGUUGGAGCAGAAGAAAGCUGCCCGUAAAGAGAGGGCUAAGAAGAGAAAGCUUGGACUACUUGAGGAUGAUGAUGUGUCCAAACUGGAAGAUCUGACUUCAACGAAAGAAAAAGUUGGAGGAGGAAGGGUAAAUGAUGGCUCAGCUUCUUUUGUUAAACAACGAGAUAACUCUGAAAGGGCUUUCUACAAGGAGUUGGUCAAAGUAAUUGAUGCUUCGGAUGUAAUUCUGGAAGUGCUUGAUGCUCGAGAUCCUCUUGGUACCCGCUGUCUUGACAUGGAAAAGAUGGUGAUGAGAGCAGGACCUGAGAAACAUCUUGUGUUACUCCUCAAUAAAAUUGAUCUCAUUCCUCGGGAAGCUGCAGAAAAGUGGCUAAAGUAUCUAAGAGAGGAAUUACCAACGGUUGCUUUCAAGUGUAGCACCCAAGAACAGAAGUCAAACCUGGGUUGGAAGCCUUCCUCAAAGGCUGGUAAGAGUAAGACUAGCAAUCUUCUGCAGACCAGUGAUUGCCUUGGAGCCGAGACACUGAUAAAAUUGCUGAAGAAUUACUCACGAAGCCAUGAGAUCAAGAAAUCAAUCACUGUAGGAGUCAUUGGUCUACCAAAUGUUGGUAAAAGUAGCCUGAUUAAUAGCUUGAAGAGAUCUCACGUAGUCAAUGUAGGUGCUACUCCAGGAUUAACGAGAUCCCUGCAAGAAGUCCAGUUAGAUAAGAAUGUUAAAUUGCUGGACUGCCCUGGGGUUGUGAUGCUUAGGUCUGCAUCUGAAGAUGAUGCAUCUAUUGCUCUUCGAAAUUGCAAGAGGAUAGAGAAGUUGGACGACCCAAUUGGUCCUGUGAAGGAGAUUCUCAAACUUUGUCCAGAAAGAAUGUUGGUUACCAUAUACAAGGUUCCUACCUUUGAUUCCGUGGAUGAUUUUCUUCAGAAAGUUGCUAUGGUUAGGGGUAAGCUCAAAAAGGGAGGAAUUGUUGAUGUUGAUGCUGCUGCAAGGAUCGUUCUGCACGACUGGAAUGAGGGGAAAAUUCCAUACUACACCUUGCCCCCAACCAGGAACGAGGGGGAGCAUUCAGAGGUCAAGAUAGUUUCAGAACUUGGGAAAGAAUUCAAUAUCGAUGAAGUUUAUGGAAGUGAGUCCUCUAUAAUUGGAAGUCUGAAAUCUGUCAACGAUUUUAACCCAGUUGAAGUUCCAUCAAAUCGGCCUGUUAGCUUUGAUGAUAACAUGCUCGAGGACAAUUUGCAGCAGCCACUGGCUGAAAAUGAUAAUGCCACAGAAAACCUUGUUAGUGAGAAUGGAGAUGAGCCAAUGGAUUCCGGAGAAGGAGAUGGAGCCCAGACGAGGGGCAAAAGUGCUAGUAGUAGACAGAAUGAGAAGUUAUACGGUGAGGAAGGCAUGUUGAACACUAAACAGAAGAAAGCUGAGAAGAAAAGGAGGAAGAAAGACAAGCCCUCAACUGCCAGUGAUAUGGACGGCGAUUAUGACUUUAAGGUAGAUUAUAUCAAGAAGGAUUCUGCUAUGGAUGAUGCCAAUGAAGUUGUAGCAACUGAUGAAAGUAAGAACAACAGAUUUGAGCUGCCAUCUGGGGUUGAGUUGGAUAAUGAAUGACGAUAAACUCCCAGCUAGGAACUAUGCUUGAAAUUAGUUUUUGUGGUUGCUGAAUUUUUGUUUGCCUUGUAAAAUAUAUUUGAUACCAGAAAUCUUUUCUGUUGUACUAAAUUGAGGCGAUUAUAUAUCACGAUAAACAUUUUUGUCCAUUGCA